UUCGCUCGCCAGAAUGUGGAUUGUCGAGUGGGUGCAACGGAGUCAGCUCGAGAUUUCUCGGAUCGAAAAGCCUCGUGAAACCUUGCUUUCAGUUUCUGAAGAUGCUGAAUCAGCAGCUUAAUCAUGUCUUCCUCAAAACCACUCAAGUCUAAGAAAAGAGAUAAAGAAAAUGCGAAGAAAUCUUUUGCUGAUUCACCUACUGUCGAGUCGGAUUCCAACCACGAGGAUUUGACUGGUUGCGAUGUAUUAAAAAGCUCACUUAAAAGAAGAGAAAGUCCUAAGGAUGUACAUAAAGUCAGUAGAAAGCCUUUUGUUAUACCUAGGAAGAACAAGCAAGUCAAAGAGCUUUUUCAGUCACAGCAUUUUGAUUCAAGGGAGGUCAGAGAAUUACUCCGUCAUGUCAACCAAUCUUUCAGAUACCAGCUUUCAUCCUCUAUGUUCAAAUUUGAGAAAGUUGAAUUUGUAAACAACGAAAAGCUUCGUCAGAAGUAUGCAGAAAAGAAGCAAGAAAUGCGUAUUGUGCUGCCCAAAAAUCGCGAACUUGAGGAAAAGUUUGGAUUUUUGUAUACGCCAUCGAGGAGCAAGGUCAAGGAAAUAUGUGAGAAAGGUCUUCAAACUGGACAUUGUAAUUUGAACUUCUUAGGAGAUCCCAAAUUAGGUGUUUAUGUUUGCCGUUAUGCUGACAUUGUCAAUAAAAGACAGUUGGAUGAUGAAGACAAGGGAUAUCUUAUCGUGUUUAAUGUUGUCAAGGGUCGAAUAAAAGGAAUAAGUGGUGGCAACCCAGAGCAACAGCCAACCCCACAUCAUGACUGCCAUGUGUCCAAGUUAUUCAUGAAUCUAACAUCUUCUGCAACGCAUUCAGAGAUAUAUGGGGCAUCAAUGUUUUAUUUUUAUGAGAUUGAUGAAAAUAGCGAAGACUUCCAUGCYAAACAACCAAGACAAGUUCUUCCUUAUGCUGUACUGACAUUCUCCAUUAUCAAACCAGAGGUUCCCCAACCAAGGUCUGGCAUAGAGGAGGCAAAGAACAAAGAUAAUGUUUCCAGAAUGAGUGAUAACCCAGUUUUAUCUCCUCUCUCUGAAGACGUUAAUGAUACUCUCAUCAGUGCGUCCACUGUGUCAUGGACAGGGCAGCUGUUUUAUAAAAAUAAAUUUAUUGGCUUCAUAAAUUUAGUCACCUACUCAAUGAAGAAACUGUUUCUUCCAAGUUAUGUGGAUCAAAAAAUCAAUAUCUGCAGCAAGAUUUCACUUGACCAUCUGAAAUCUGUGUUUAAGUGCCCCAUCUUUAAGAAUGGAAARCCUUCUGCAACUGGAGUUAGUAAGGAAUUCAGUAGUGGUGGCAUGUUCACUUACUAUGAAGUACAGCCAAUAUAUCAAGAAAGAGAAAGGUUUAACAAGAUAAUGGMAUACUUUAAAGCAGAAAAUGUAGGUGCAGUCAUGGAAUACAUUGCAGGUGUUGCUUAUAUGUAUAUAUUGCCAACUUCACAGCUAACUCAUGAUGCAGGUAUCACAGAUGAGAAAAGUACUACGUCUCUUCAUGUCUUGGUUCAUUUAAAGCGAAUAUGUCCUUUUCCAGGCAGUCAAGAUAACCCACAACCGACUGAGAUGAGUGGUUCGUCCUCCAGUGAAGAAAGUAUCAGCUCACGAGUUCAGGAAAUUCUCAAAGAGAAGCUGAAUAUCAAGCCAAAGAAAAAAGCUCAACCGCCAUCUCUAUUUACUAAGAAGUUUGUUGUAAAUCCAAAGAAAAGUGUUGAUGAACCCAGGUUCAUUUCUGUUAGUGAUUCAUUGAAAGAAAAGGAAUCCAGGAAAACAUCCGACGGAAAACGCAAGGAGAGUACCAAGAGUGAAAAUUCGAAAGUUAAAGUGCAUAGAAGCGAAUCUUGGGCUGGGAAUGAUCAUUUAGGGCAUGAGUCAUCUACAAGUAAUGCCUAUAAUAACAGCAGUAGUAUUAGUAGAUAUAAGUGGUUUAAUCAAAAUGRAUCAAAUGAUCUGUCAUCAUUGGGCAAUGAAAGUGAUAAGAGUUGUUUGAAUAGAGAGAUCAAAACCAAACGGCAAGAGGCAUAUGAUGCCAGAUCCGAAUCUUGUAAACCAGAGUCUGGUCAACGGCAACAAGGGGAUAGCAGCAAAGACUCUSAUAGUAAAGGUCAAAAUAGAGGAAAUCUGAAGAGGUCAUCAUCUUUGGAYACAGAUGCAUCCAUUGACCUAGCAAGCAUACAGAAAUUGAUUGAGUCGUACAAAAAAGACAGUAGUCUAUCUGUUGUAUUUUCAAAAAAAGUGUCUUUACCAUCAGUAGACCCAAGGCCUUCCGAGGAACAGAUGGCAAGUACAGAUGCUAGCAUGAUAAAGGAAGUAAAAGACAUUCCAGAUAGUUGCAAGCAUCCGUCAAUUCCAGCUCCGCCCUUGCCACCACCGCUUCCUCUAACCAGCCCACCUUUGCCACCUCUUCCUCCAAGCAACACUCCACCCUUGCCACCUCUUCCAGCUACCAUCAGCCCUUUUCUAAUUCAAUCACCUGUACCUAGUACACCAGAUGCAUCCACCAAGCAAUCGUCAUCUUUGUCUGAAGCGUURGAGUCGUUAUUGUCGGCAUGGCCAUCUAAGAAUAAUACAUCAGGUGUCUCCACGUCAAAAAGUGGCAAACCACAAGAAAGUUCUUCAUCCUCAGGUACAUGGCCAUCUCCACCUUCUGUUGAAAGAAAAAGCAUGCUUAUCCCUGGCUUAGAACCACCUGGUAGCCCUGUUUUCAAUUUAAUCAAGGACAAACAGGUCUUAUCAAUAGCCAAAGGACGUCAUGGCAAUAUAGAUCACGUCAAGGGCCAUUCUACAUCACCACUAGCUGUUGACACAAAAGCAAUUGCACCAUCACCAAUUAUUAAUCCUCAGUCAAUUCCUCUUGUCAAAAAGAUCUCGCAGAAUGAAUCAUCUGAAAAUGUGACAAGCCACUGCACCAUUCAGGAAAUACCUAGAACGGUCACUGUGGCAGAGCAAGCUGCCUCAGUAGAGGCGAAGGAGAAAGUUAUGGCUAUACUCAAACAAAGCGCACAGGCUCAGGCAGAUGCUAACACCUUACCUGAAAAUGUGAGCUUUCCAGACUCCGGACAUCGCGAAGUAAAGUCUAUCCUUAAAUCAACAAAGYAUCAAUCCGAGGCAAAGCAAGAAAAGGUCAUUGAUCAGUCCAAGACAGACCUUACAGUUUUUAAUGAUGUUUCAAGCACACCAAUUGCUCAAUUUCAAGAGAGCUCCGUGAAAGUUGUUUCCCUGAACGAAUACAGACAGAAACAAAAGGAACAAAACACGUCUUCUUUGGCUUCAAAUACAGCAAAAACACUGAACACCACAUGUACAUCUAGUCCAGAACUGAGAAGUGGCCUCGACCUUAUUGACAAAUUGUUAUCCGCUGAAAAAGGCCAAGCCUCCCCUGAUGCUAAWACUGAGUCAUCGGAAGACACCAUUGUGUCAUCCUGUAAGAAGACCAUAGCGAAUAGAGACAAAGAUGCAAACGGCAGUCGUAACAGCGAAAACGGCGCACCGAGAAAACGAAGACGGAUAGUAACUGUUAAACGAAAAUCACAGGAACGAACUUGUGGUUACGAUGAUAUGACAAGUGAUAUAUCCGAUGAAGAGCUUCCAGAUGAUAAGAUAACCAGUGAUAUAUCAGACACAGAACUUCCUGAGGACUACACCGAACCAGAUGAUGCACGUGCUGAACAAAAAGACCCUCCCAGAUCCAUGUCACGAACUGAUACCCUCCCAAAACACAAACUUCUACUACGAGAUGAACAUGGAAAACGGCUUAACGAUAUGCGAAGUCUUUCUGAUCGUGAAAAGAGCCCUCAAAAGAAAGCUCGAAGUCCUUUACGAAGUCCAUCCAGAAUGACAUUCCGAGAUUCUAAUCGACACGAUUCAAAAAGUACUUCUCCUGACGAUUGGGGAAGAGAGAAAAAGAGACGAAGAAUAGAAAUGCAACAGAAAGAUUACAGAACAGGUAUGCAUGACAGAAUGGAGGACAACGACAGUGGCUCCAACAUGUCGAUAUCUCCCAUCACCUCUCCUGUAAGCUUUGAAUACGCUAAUGAUGGUACCUACCAAUCUAUAAACAGCCCGUUAAGAGGUGCUACUUUGCCAUUGGAUAGUCGUGGACUUGGUGGCAUGGCAAUGCCUAGAAGUCCUCCUGAAAUAGGGAGGAUUGACAGUCCAGGCACUCCCGAAACAGCAUUGCCCGCCACUGACUUUCUACAUGCUGAUAUUGGGUAUUGGUCGACCGGCUUAACUGUUGCAGACAAUGCUGCGUUGCCGUAUGGUACAUUGGGGUAUCUGGAAACGCACGUGGAUAGUGAUCUGUAUGAAUCCGUCAAGCAAACCAGUGUCCAUCCAGAUAUCCCACGUUAUGAAAUAAGAAGUAACGACAUGGAGUAUUAUGAAGUAGCUAAUGAAAGGCAUAUCCAGCCUCCAUACUAUAGCAAUCCUAGACCAAUUAGUGAACCUUAUCAAGGUCAGCAAAACACAGCAUCUGAAAACCACCCCACUGAAGAACCUCGUGUUGACUCGCGCGGCGAAGGUUAUUUAGUGUCAGGCAGCUCAGACAUUGGCGACGGUUCUGGUUAUGAGUCGCCGUCCUACAUGGAAUUAAGAAGACCGUUUUUCGGCACAACUGACGAUUUAAUCUUAUCAGCUUAUGAUAAAAAUGUUACUUGUACAGAUUACGUUGAUGUUUACACUUGCCCUUCUACAAGAGUCGAUAUAUUGCGUGAUAACGACCAAGAUUGUUAUUUCAUGCCACGGAGUCCUUACGAAGACGUUAAGUCGCCUUGCAGCCCUGUUACUUCGGAUGUUGAACCUGAUCGGUUUGAAGGGCGUGGGCCCUCAAGUACACCAGAGUACGAGGACAAGCAAUAUCAAUCAGACCGACGGAUUGUUACCGUUGGUGAAUACCCAGAAUAUGCAAACAGGCCAGAAAGCGAUGACGAGGAGAGGSUACAGCAAUGUGUUGAUGAAUAUGAUCCCGAGGAAGCUUCCUACCUUGAUGAGGGAGAUUAUUUUUCAGACAACAAACCUCGUUACCGUGAUUAUGAUGAAGAAUAUGAAACUUUUGAUCAACGGUAUUGCGGCUUAGGCCAGAACACGCACUUGUCAAACCAAUAUACUUAUAGUUCAGAUGACGAAGAUCCUUUGGGUGUAGCGCGUUUGCCUAGCCGGCAUGCGUAUCACUCAGAAGAUAGCAAACUUCGAGAAAAUUUUUUCUCAGAAAAUGAAGAUUUCAUGCGAAAUGCUCGCCAAUCCGAUCGGGAAAAUUACAAUUCUGGAGACAAAACUGACUAUGACCGAAGCAUGUCUCCGUCAAGUCGAGAUUAUCAUAACUCGGGAGCUAAAGACAACAUGAGAAGCACUCGCCGAUCUUAUCGAGACUAUUAUAGCGAGAGAAAUGAAGAUUAUGUACGAGACAGUCGCCCAUCCAGCCGAAAAGCGCAUAAUUUGGAAGACGAAAAUCGUAUGCGAGACUCGCGCUCUUCUAGUCGACAAGCUCAUAACUUUGAUGAUAAAGAUUAUGGGAGAGACAGUCGACCAUCCAGCCGGCAAUCGCAUAAUUUGGAUGAUGAAGGUCGUAUGCGAGACAGUCGACCAUCCAGCCGACAAGCUCAUAACUCGGACGAUGAAGAUCGAAUACGAGACUCGCGCCCUUCCAGCCGACAGACUCAUAACUUUAAUGAUAAAGAUUAUGCGAGAGAAAGCCGGUCAUCCAGCAGACAAGAGCAUAACUCUAAAGACGGAGACGAUGCACGAGAUGCGUCCCAAUCCAGUCGACCUAAUUACAAAUCUGAAGAUGAAUAUCGCGCGCGAGACACACGUCGAUCCAAUCCAGACAAAUACAACUCUGGAAAUGCGGAUUGUUCACGCCCUUCGAAUCGACAAAAAUAUGACCAGGGAAGUAAAAGUGAUGCGUGUUCCUCGAGCCGGCGUGGUACAAGAUAUAAAAAUGAUUUUACAUCAGAAGACGAAAAUAUAACUUCUGGUGAUUAUAACGAACGGGAUUAUCAAUAUCUAGAUGAUAUUGUGAAAGAAGAUAAAGAAAAAACUACCCUACAGCUCGAUAAUAUCGUGUGUGAAGGACUUAGCAGGUUUCCCCCAAAUUUUCGAAAUUUACUACAAAUGCAAAGUCACGAUAAUGACUCGAAUGCCGAUUUAGUUGGCCGCUUUCAGUUAUCCAGUGAGAUGCAAAGUUUAAGAGACGAGGACGAUGAAAUGACCAGUGAUUCACCUAAUAAAGACAGCGUUAAUAUUACGAGUAUGAUUUCCAAGAAUCGCGAUCCACGUUUAAAUCGCAGACUUCGCGAUACAGAAAAUAAUACUGAUAAUGCUAUUCACCAGACAUCAGGUGGACUUGAAGAAAAAGAUACAAAUUUCGAUAAAGUUGAACCAGCAUAUGCCCAACAGGCUUCAAGAGUACAGUCCUACUUCUAUGUCUACGAACCUGAGAAUGACAGCGAAUGUAAAGCUGUUAAGACUUACAUGCUUAAGACWGGAUCCCAGUAUUUCGAUGUGAGAGACUUCAAUGCAGACAAGCUGAAAGCCGUCAAGGGAGGGAUAAGAGUACUGAUACGGGGCAAACAUAAAUCAGCUCUUCACAAAAUUAAUAACUUAUCCAAAYUAAAAUGCCUGAAGAACGUCAAAUUUGCUCUCUUUAAUACAGUAGAAGAUGUGGCCAAGAAAACGCGUGCUUAUACAGCUAUUUUCCAAUAUGGCGGUGUUCUCAUUCCAGAUGAUUUUAUCUUGAAACGAACCCAUCCAGCUUAUUUAGAGGCGCUUCUUAGAUUUAUGGCCGAGGAAAACGCAGUCCAUCAGAAGGUAUUCUGGGUAAUGAACGUUCGGUACCAGGCCUACAAGAARCUGGGAUCACAAAGACCUUUAUCGUGGAGGGACACUUUUAUACUGGAGCUUUUAAGGAAGUACAGAAAUGAAGGAUUUGUCAACAUUAUUCAGAAGGACUAUGUUACAGAAGGUUUGUCUCUCAUUCAACGAUACCUAGACACAGCAUGGAGGCAGCAGCGAGACCUUAUGACUACCUACAGGCACUUUAUUAUGCUCUCAAAUAUGGAGAAACAGAAGUCAGAGGCGUCAUGGUUUCGGAAUCGAGGGAUCGGUUUCAUGGAUAUCAAGACGUUUUUGUUGGGUUUCGCUGGUGACAAGAAGACAAAACAGUUGUUGUUUAGCAGUAGAUAUACUGUUGGCGGUAAUGUCUCGACUCCAAACAAGAAUAUCACAGGUCGUGAAAGGAACAYAUAUGAUCGCACUGAGAUCGACAGUGAUCAAAAAAGUAAAGRSUCAUUUCCACAAAGGCCGCCYUUAUCCCACAUGGUAUCCCGCUCAYUAGUCUUCAACACCGGUCAARACAUGAAAGAAAGACGACUUCAAAUUCUCUCUUCGAUCAAAGACAAGAAAGAUAACCUAAUCAAUGAUAUUGGAGGAUCCCCYAAYGUGGAGUCGACCUCGGAAAGCAUGCCAUCACAUAAAGAAGUAGUCAAGCACAACGAUACAACAUCAUCUACCRCUCCCUCAAAGYUAGCAUCAUCGACGAAAAUAUCUGCGAAAGACCCGGUAUCAACCGAGGAAUCCUCCCACACAGACAGCAAAUCCAGUAAGGACUUGAACUGCAAAGAUUCAGUAUCAUCUAAAGUUAAAGGUGACAAAGACAUUCAAUCGGCUUCCAAAGAUGUCGGUAAAUCCAAAGACCUAGCUCGCGACCGGACGCCAAACAAAGAUGUUGGCUCGUCCAGAAAUGUAACUCGCAAUCGUGGACGUUCGCCGCCGAAAGGGUUAUCUCGUUUAGGCUCGCCCAAAGAGGUAUCUCGCAGCCGUAAAUGCUCACCCAAAGGGAUACCYCGCAGUCGCGAAGAGAUAUCUCACAAGAGAGAGGUGAUACCUCGCAAUCGUGCGCGAUCUCCCACCAAGACAACUCGCACCUCCUUUGGUUCGCCGAAAGGAAAASCUCGCAAAGAGGUUGGGUCAACUAACGAAUUUACGAGCAAGAAUAUUGCAUCAUCUCUAGAAGAUUCGGGAUCAAAUAAAGAKAUAACUCGUAAARAAAYCAAACCACCCGCGAGAGACUCGAACGAAACUAAUUCCARAGAUGAAGAGUCCCGACCUCGAGACGUAGUCCGUAACGAUCCCAGAAAAUUAAAGAGUUUURUCAGUCGUUCUAAUGAAAACAAAAAUUCAAAGGAACAGAUACCUAGGRCACAGAAACCUGCGACUUGGUCAAGGACGGUUCGAAGCGUGGUCCUGAAAAACAGAGGGGGUCACAACGCGUCGUUUCAGAGAGGGCGUGGUUUUAAGAGGGGAAGUUAUAAUCCACGCGGAUCUUUCGGAAGGGGCCAGAAGAGACGAUUCGUCCAGGAGAGAACAGCGAAUCAUCCGUCAAAUGCCUGAUUGAUGUUGUCAAAUAGCUAGAAAUGCUCCGAUUUCUGUAAAUGGUGAGGGUGUACUCAAGGGUUCAACGUUUGGUCCAGAUUGCACCUUUUGAAUUAUUAAUAGAAAAUUCUAUAUUUUCAAGAAUAUUGACUGUUUUCUACAUAUUUAAGGAAAUAUUUAAGUGUUUUCACAUUGGAAAGUUUUAUACAURCGAAAUUAUUUUGUAAAGAAAAAUAUAUUUGAUAUAAAGUUGGUAUGUAUAUAGAAUUAAAAGUAUUUUUUAUAAAAA